GUGUCCAGUGCCUGUGUAGCCCUGUCACUGGGAGCUCUCCUAGUCCUUCCACAAGGUCUGGGGGUCGCCUGCCCCAUUGCUUCCUCCGGAGAAGCGAGGCCAGUAGUUCUGUAGAUCUGUUCUCCUGUUCAGUCACAGUCCCUCCUUUGACUUCGUAUUUAUGCUUUCAGAUUGCAGUACUGAGAAGUCUUAUCCCGAGGAACACAUUUAUGACAGUUGGGAUCACAGGCAGCAAUACCAAACAAUUGUGCUGGUGAUGUUUCUCGGUCUCCACAGUGUGGAGGGCCCUGUGAUGAGAUACUAGAAAGAAACUGGAAUGUCUCUGAAGGUGAGAGCCUGGUACAGCCCCUCUACUGGAAGGAUGACGUCACACCAGUGACCAUGUUCCUUAAGGGCCCCUUAGGGGAGAAGGGUCUGAUUUGUAACGGCUUUGACAAAAACUUCCGUUUGAGCCCAAGUCCGUUAGUGUGUCAGGGAGUCUCUACAGAAGAGAGGCCACAUCCUGACUACACUCCAGAGAACUUGGAGCACAGUAGAGACCUAACUGGCCAGGAGAGGCUUCCUACACUUGAAAGCCCAUUCAUAUGUGCUGGGUGUGGGAGGACAUUCAGAGGAAGCCUUGACCUUGUUCAGCAUCAGAGAGCCGACUUUGGAGGGAAGUCUCUCGUGUGUUCUGAAUGUGGAAAAUCCAUUAGCCAGAACUCAAGCCUUAAAGAACACCAAAAGUCCCACAUGAUUGAGAAGCCUUAUGAAUGCAAUGAGUGUGGAAAGGCUUUCAGGCGGCGCUCGAACCUCAUCCAACAUCGAAGAAUCCAUUCUGAAGAAAAACCAUAUGUCUGCAACCCGUGUGGGAAAGCCUUCAGGCGGAGCUCAAACCUCAAUAAACACCACAGGACUCACACGGGUGAGAAGCCUUUCGAGUGCAACGAGUGUGGUAAAGCCUUCAGCCAGAGUGCACACCUCAGGAAGCAUCAGAGGGUUCACACCGGAGAGAAACCUUACAAGUGUAAUGACUGUGGCAGGCCAUUCAGUCGUGUCUCAAACCUCAGCAAGCACCACCGGGUGCACACCGGAGAGAAACCUUACCAGUGCAGCGACUGCGGGAAGGCCUUUAGCCAGAGUUCUAGCCUGACUCAGCACCGGAGAAUUCACACUGGAGAGAAGCCUCAUGUGUGCAGUGUGUGUGGGAAGGCCUUCAGUUACAGUUCCGUGCUCAGGAAGCACCAAGUAAUUCACACGGGAGAAAAGCCGUAUGGGUGCAGUAUCUGUGGGAAGGCCUUCAGCCACAGCUCAGCCCUCAUCCAGCAUCAAGGUGUGCACACUGGAGACAAGCCCUAUGAGUGCCACGAGUGUGGGAAGACCUUCAGCCGAAGUUCCAACCUCAUCCUUCACCAUCGAGUCCACACUGGAGAAAAACCUUAUGAAUGUCCUGAAUGUGGAAAAACCUUCAGCCAGAGCUCAACCCUCAUCCAGCACCAGAGGAUUCACAAUGGCUUAAAACCUCAUGAGUGUAACCAGUGUGGCAAAGCCUUCAACCGAAGCUCAAAUCUUAUCCACCACCAGAAAGUUCACACUGGGGAGAAGCCCUACACCUGUGUCGAAUGUGGCAAGGGCUUCAGCCAGAGCUCACAUCUCAUUCAACAUCAGAUAAUCCACACUGGGGAGAGGCCCUAUCAGUGCAGUGAGUGUGGAAAGACCUUUAGUCAGCGUUCCGUCCUCAGCCAGCACCAAAGGGUUCACACUGGAGUGAAGCCUUAUGGCUGCUCUACCUGUGGGAAAUUGUUCAGCCAGCGGUCAAAGUGGGCCAAACACCAGUUAAUCCAUGCAGCAGAGUAGCCUGGAGGCUGGGAGGAGUAUAGCGAGCCAUGGUUCCUCCCUGAUUCUUCCCCUUCCUAGACCUGAAGCCAGGCUCACUGUGUUUUAUGCCCAGUUGCCACAAAACCGGGAGCCCUCCUUUGUAACGACCUGCAAGGCUCUCUUUGCCGGUGGCUGCCGACCCGUGUGACCGCUCAUCUGCAUUGUGUCAUUUUUAUGGUUUGAAAGCAGACUCAUGUUGGUUAGAAGGAAAAGAUGACAAGACUUUCACGUUCUCAGUUUAUUAUUGUAAUCAAAAGGAACAAAAAUAGGUAAUGUGACCGUUGGCUGGAAAGUACCUCAGUAAUCCUUCGUUUAGCAUUUAGUCAUAGGGAGUGAGUUCUGAUUUAGUGUUUAUUACUGAUAUUUUGUUUACGUAAGACCGAUGUGAGGGUUUUUCACCAAUUGCCAUCCUCUCUGGAGGUAUUUCUCCACUUCCUUUCCCCUCCCAUCCUGUGUCUUACUCCAGAUCUUCCUGUGGUCCUGUUUUUAUCAUGUCUUCAGUCGGUAUUGAGUGUUGCCAUACAUACCACGUGCCCCACAAAGCUGCUUUCUUACAGAACCUGGGACCACCAGCCCAGGGGUGGCCCCAUCCACAAUGGGCUGGGCCCCUCCACAUCAAUCACUAAGAAAAUGCCCUAUAGUCUUGCCUACUGCCUAAUCUUAUGGAGGCAUUUUUCCAGUUGAGACUCCUUCCUCUCCUGACUCUAGCUUGUGUCAAGUUGACAUGAAACUAGCCAGCACAGACUCUUGUCUCAAAAGUAAAUAAAAAGACAGAUAGGUGAAAUUAA